ACCCAACUCUCCACUCGGCCGUCAUUUCUCCGACAGUAAGAAAAAGUUUCCAAUCAGACAGAAAAUCUAUUUGGCCGCUUGGUUUUGUGUAAAAUUUCGCAAAUUUUUACCUUCGCGUGUGAACAACGAAAAACUCAAAUACGACGCAUUUUGCAUGAGAUGCUAAGAAUUCGCGUCAAAAUGGGGCCACCGCGAAGCAAAGAGUGGACCUGCUGUUUUGGCCUCCACGUUCACACCGCAACUAUAAUGAUCGGCCUUUGGCACCUGUUUCUUAACAUUUUGGCCCUGAGCCUGUUGGCAGUUAUCAUCCGAAACCCAGAAAUGAUGCAAGAAUUGGAAAGCAGCUAUGAUGAUUCUGUUGAUCAUGACGCACCAGCAUUACCAACACCUUUAAGUAAAAUCGAUCCACCGUAUGCAUACCGCGACCAUUCUCUCAAUUAUCGUAAGUACAACAAUGUUGAUAUGGGAGGCUUAGUCUGCAUUUGUAUGAUAGCGAUAACGCUGAUGAUGAUUUAUGGCGCUGUUAAAGGAAAACCGUCACACCUGUUGCCAUUCUUUUGCCUUCAAUUAUUUGAUUUUGCAAUAACAACUCUUACUGCUGCUGGAUAUCUUUGCUACCUUCAAUCUGUUCACCGUUUGAUUGCUGAAAGCCAUAGGCUGCCCUGGCGGGAAAAACUAUUGCAAUUAUCUCCUGAUGCGCUCAUUAUGGUAGUACUGAUUGCUUUUGUCAGUAUUGUCCUUCUGAAAGCCUACGCCAUUGGAAUUGUAUGGCGUUGUUACAAAUACCUUACAAUGCGCCAACAUAACCUACGCUCUAUGCUACCUUACAUUAUUCCGCAUGUAUCACCCACUUCGAAUGGCCAAGAGCGGGACUAUUCCACUCUGCUUCCGGACUAUGAAGAAGCAAUUGCUCAAAGCAUGAAACAACAGCCGCCACCAUCUUAUCAAACUGCUGUCUCCAAUGUUCAAGUUGAAAAUCCUCCAGAUUCUGUAAGGUUGCCUAACUCAUCAGACGAGACUAAUGAAAGUGGGUCGCCAGCAAGGACUGCACCAGCAGGAGUGGCAAACAAUAAUGAUGAUCAGGAUGAUACUCCCCCUCCGCCCCCGUACAGUGCUGCAAUGUCACCCACACAUUCUUCUGAUGGAAGAACAACAGAAACUUCAUCCGUUCCAGGUAACAUAACGUCGCAGCAACAGCCAUCGCCACGCAACAAUACCAAUGAGAGUACAGCUUAAAUUUUUUUGUUAAUGUGGAGCAAAAAGACUAACAAAUCAAUUUUUCUUUGAAAUGAUUUUUUCUUAUUAUUGUCGUUCAAAAAUAGUAUUUUUAUCGUUAUUUGCUUAUUUUCUAAUUAUUUUUAUACAUAUAAUGUGAGUAUUAGAUUCUCUUCCGUGGUAGUUUUAGCGUAAAAUCACGAUGAAAGUGGACUCUUCGCCUUGUGAGAGGAGAGGAGGAGGCGGAUUAGGAUAUAAGGAAAACAAGUGGAGAGAGUAUUGCGUGUUGGAUGAAAGCGUUCCUUGGAAAACACCAACAAAUUUUUGAAGUGUGAGCUCGGGAGUGGCACAAUGUGUCGAGUUGGUGACUUUGUGAUUUUAUAAAAAUGGGAUUAGCUUAUAGAGUAUCGCUCAGCAGAAAGUAACAGAGUUCAUCUUAACUACGAUACCAAAAUUUUUUUACAAUUUUCGAAUUGGCCUGGUGUAAAGUCGAGUGUCUUGUUGCUACUCCCCGCCCCGACAUAAUGUAGCUCACCCAGCCAAAUGCAAUUUUUGAAUAAAAACGUUUCAAAUUAUUAACCACAUUCUCUUGCUCAAAUUUAUCUCUCAUCACAAUGUACUGUCAGCAAAAUUGAGUUCCUUCGAAAUUCUAACAAAGUAAUCAAAUUACAAUAAUCCUGUAUAUAGUCAAUUAACAUCAAUAAUAUUUAUGGAAAGUAAGGAAUUUGUAUUGACAAAUACCGAAUACAGUUAGUUGAAAAUUUUAUUCACAACAAACCAAGUAAAGAUCCACAUGCGCAUGCUAUAACGUUUACAGCUAUUUCGAAGGCAUAAAAAUAGGAAGUUAUUGUUAAAGUUGUAUUUCAUUUAUCUAUUUAUUAUCUUGUCGCUUUCACCACCGGUCGGCUCAGACUCCCUAUUGCACAACGAACAAAAUUACACAAGUCCAGUAAAAACACCAUUUGACGGCGUUUUCCAUCCAACUGAAUCUCAACUGUGCACACAAUACUGGAGGAAACACACAUUCUCAAUCCAACAGAAUUUUCCACGAAUUCGUUUUAGUAGACUCGAUAUUUGCUUUUUUUUUUAUUUUUAGCGUUACACGUAUUUCCAUCGCAUGAUUUCAGACACUUUCCACAAAUUCUGUUAUUUACACAAAUGAAAAGCUGCUGGCAUUGACAAAUCGUUUGGAAUGCUCUCAAAUAAUUCUUCUAAUACGUAUACUAAUAUGCCUAACCGAAAAAAUUGACUAAAAUUCAAUAUAUGGAAAAAUAUUUUAAAAGAAUCGAAAUGAAAACGUUUCAAAUGAGAAAUUUGAUAAGAAUGACGAUAAUGCAAGCAAAGAGAACAUGGAGAGACAACAUAAAGAUGAAAAGAACAGAACAGCAGACAUUUGAUGAGAAGAAAAAUAAUUUUUAAAUGUGAUAGAUAAGAUUUUAUAUAGGUAAGCCACAAAAAGUAAUAUAAAGAAAAUUAUAAAGUAACCGACGUAAUAAACUUGGAAAUCAACCUGAAGACAUGAUAAACUGAAAAAAGGAUGAUAUUUGAAUAUUACAAUAUUAUUGGACGUUAAUAUAUUAUUAAUAAAUAAAUGAGACAGAUGAGAAAUUUAAUUAUUAUUAAUAUGAAUAUUUAAGAAUAACAUAUUUCCGAAAAAUAAAGCACCUAUUGUAGUGUUCAAA